AAGCUGCGGCCCUUGGCGCUCCGGGGCAGGAGGAAGUGGCGGUCGCCGCGGCGGCGGCGGCGGCGGCGCGAAGACGGCGGGCAUGGUGGGGCGGGAGAAGGAGCUCUCCAUCCACUUUGUUCCCGGGAGCUGCCGGCUGGUGGAGGAGGAACUUAACCUCCCCAGUAGGCGAGUUUUGGUUACUGGUGCCACUGGGCUUCUGGGCAGAGCUGUGUAUAAAGAAUUUAAGCAGAAUAAUUGGCAUGCCUUAGGCUGUGGUUUUAGAAGAGCAAGACCAAAAUUUGAACAGGUUAAUCUUUUGGAUUCUGAAGCAGUUCAUCACAUCAUUCAUGAUUUUCAGCCCCAUGUCAUAGUACAUUGUGCAGCAGAGAGAAGGCCAGAUGUUGUAGAAAAUCAGCCAGAUGCUGCUUCUCAACUUAAUGUGGAUGCUUCUGGGAAUUUAGCAAAGGAAGCAGCUUUAAUUGGAGCGUUUCUGAUCUACAUUAGCUCAGAUUAUGUAUUUGACGGAACAAAUCCACCUUACAGAGAGGAAGACGUACCAAAUCCACUAAACCUGUAUGGCAAAACAAAAUUAGAAGGAGAAAAGGCUGUCCUAGAGAACAAUUUAGGAGCUGCUGUUUUGAGAAUUCCGGUUUUAUAUGGAGAAGUCGAAAAGCUUGAAGAAAGUGCAGUGACUGUUAUGUUUGAUAAAGUGCAGUUCAGUAACAAGUCUGCAAACAUGGACCACUGGCAGCAGAGGUUCCCCACACAUGUCAAAGAUGUAGCCACUGUGUGUCACCAGUUAGCAGAGAAGAGGAUGCUGGAUCCGUCAAUUAAAGGAACCUUUCACUGGUCUGGCAACGAACAGAUGACUAAGUAUGAGAUGGCAUGUGCAAUUGCAGAUGCUUUCAACCUCCCCAGCAGUCACUUAAGACCUAUAACGGACAGUCCUGUCUUAGGAGCACAGCGUCCAAGAAAUGCUCAGCUUGACUGCUCCAAAUUAGAGACCUUGGGCAUUGGCCAGCGGACACCGUUUCGAAUUGGAAUCAAAGAAUCGCUCUGGCCUUUCCUCAUCGACAAGAGAUGGAGACAAACGGUCUUUCAUUAGUGUAUGUGCAGUUUGCUUUUUUCUAAAUUGAGAAGUAUAGUAUGUGGCACUUUUUAAAGAAAAAAAGGAAAUAGUUUUGUAUGAGUGCUCUUUAAUUGUGACUCAUGAUCUUUCAGGUAAAUGUUGCUCUUGCACUAGUGAAAUUGUCUAAAGAAACUAAGGGCAAUAAUGCCUCAUUUGCAGUAAUGAUUUUUCUGUUUAUCGUUUUGUUUAUUCUGGCUUAACUUUGAGUAUAGUAAAUUAUGAUUCUUAAAUAUUUACGAGGCAGGAGGAGACGGAUCUACUGUAGACUUUCUCUUGGAUGAAAUGCAUUGGUCAUUCCUAUAACCUCUACAUUUUCAGGACUUUUGCAGCUGUUGACCUUUUUAUGUUUUAAGAUGUGUUAAGUAGUAUGAAAAUCAUUGGUGUUCAUUAUUUGCAUUGCUUGAGCUCUGAUCAAAAUGUUUGAAGAAAGAAACUUUAUUUUUGCAACCUAAGUACAGUUUUUAAGCUUGAGAUAUUUCAAAUGGUUAUGUGUAAUUGGAACUCGUGCAGCUUGAUGCCUCCUGCUUUUGUAGCAGUGUAUGGUGGGCACUUGACAGAGAGAGUAUGUGUGUAUGUGUAUGUAUUUUUUUAAUGUGUAAAACUGUCCUUUUCACUCCAUGUCACUAAAUGAUAUUUCAUAUCUGUGGUUAUACUAAUAAUGGGUCUUGUAAGUCUUUUGGGCCAUUCAUGAAUAAUAAUAAAUAUGUACUGCUGGCAUGGUAA